AUGGAAGUUGGCUCUUUAAAUGUGAUUGAAGCUAUUGCCUUGGGAGAAAAUGAAACUGAAGUACCUAAAAAACGAGAAAAUAAAAAAGAUAUUGAUGAUUUUGCAAGACAUACUAUUUGGAUUACAUACAGAAAAAAUAUGCCUUUAAUUAAAGAAAAAACUACAGACUCAGGAUGGGGAUGUAUGAUUAGGUCAUUACAAAUGGCACUUGCACAAACAUUUCUUUCAAUUGUUCUUGGAAAUAACUGGAAAUAUGAAGAUAAUUGUAUAAAUACAGAAAGGAACAUUUUUCAUAUAAAAUCAAUUAUUAAUCUGUUUGGAGAUUCAACUGGAAGUUUAUUUUCUAUUCACAGAUUAGUUGCAAGAGCAUCUACAAGAGGAGUUACUGAAGGACAAUGGUGGGGACCAUCAUUUGCUUCUGAUAUAGCUGCAGAACAUAUUAAUGAAAUGAGAGUCUUUAGAACACGUGGGUAUGUUGCUAAAUUAGGAAGUAUUAUUGGAUCGAAGAUUGAAGAGUUGAUUAAAGAUGGUGGGGGAUUUAAUCCAUGUAUAAUCUUUGUUCCAUUACGACUUGGUCCAGAAUCACCUGAAAAUGAAUUUAGACCAUUGUUAAAAACAAUUUUUGAUAUUCCACAAUGUAUGGGAAUGAUUGGUGGAAAACCAGGAUAUGCUCAUUACUUCCACACAUUUGAUGGAAUUAAUUUAUAUUUUCUUGAUCCUCACACAACACAAAAUGCAAUUGACAUGAAAGGAGAUUGGUCAUAUCAAAGCUACUUUUGUAAAGAUAAUAAAAGUAUGCUUUAUUCUAAGAUGGAUCCAUCAAUAUCAUUAGUGUUUUUAGUUAAACAUGCUAAUGAUUAUGAACAUUUCAAGAAAUCAUUUGAGAAUAAAACAUUUUCUAAAUUAUUCACAUUUAAAGAUGAAACGGAGAAAGAAUUAAAUUCAGAUGAUUUUAUUUCAUUAGAUGAUGAUGAUAUUGAUUUAAUUAAAUAA